GCAGCCGGCAAUAAUUUGAAUCUGUAUGAAGCGUCCAUACUAGAUACUUCUUUGUUUCGCGGUGUUGUGAGAAGAGAAGCUGCAGAAACUGAAAUUUACGGGAGGAAAAUGCCACGCAUUUACGUUCCAUACAGAACUGGACGUCUGAGAGACGAACCUGCAAUUCCUUAUGGGUUGUGAAUGUUGCCAACCUGUGAGUGAAACUACCCUUUUUUUUUGGAUGGGGGUGUGGAUGGUGAUCAUAGGACAGAACCUGUGAGGAGAUGGUAGUGGGACAGAACAGAGAGUAGUAGCAGUGAGAGCCUGCUUGAUGGUAAUUUUAGGUAUGGAGGAAGCAGUCCUACCUUAAGCAGCACGACACCUGAUGAGAAAUUUACCUCACAGAGUCAUGCAGAGAAAAGUCUUGCCCGUAUGGAGAACUACUUUCAAAGUGGGCAAUUGACCGAUGUAACAUUGGUUGCAGAAAGUUCACGUAUUCCAGCUCAUAGAAUUGUUCUGAGUGCAGCGUCAGAAUACUUUGCAGCAAUGUUUACAAGCAAACUGCGAGAGUCCACUGAACAUGAAAUAGAAAUGCACGAGAUGGAUGGAAACUCGUUACGAGCCAUAGUGCAAUAUUGCUACACUGGCAAAGUAGAGAUCAGAGAAGAGACUGUUGAAAAGCUUCUCAGUGCAGCUCGGUUACUGCAAAUGCCAGAGAUUGUUGAUGCUUGCUGCGGCUUUCUGAAAAAGCAGCUUGAUCCCUCCAACUGCAUUGGAAUCCGCCUGUUUGCCGAUACCCAGGGCUGUGAUGACUUAAUGAAAGCAGCUCACGACUACACAACUGAACACUUUAUGGAAGUUAUAAACAGAGAGGAAUUCACAAAGUUGUCUGCCGAUGAAGUGGAAAAAUUACUUAAGUCAGACGAAUUGAAUGUACCAUGUGAAGAAAAUGUUUUCAAUGCACUCAUGACCUGGAUUGCACAUGAUGAAGAAACGAGGAAGAAAGAUGUCAGCAGACUACUAGGCCUUAUUAAACUCCCUUUACUGUCGCCUGCUUUCAUAGUUGAUUGUAUUGAAGGUAACAUAAUAUUUAAGGAAGACAGUGUCUGUAGAGAGUUGGUGAUGGAAGCUUUGAAGUACCAUCUUUUACCAGAACGACGACCCCGUCUGCAGUCAGUAAGAACUCGCCCAAGGAAAUCUACCGUGGGAUCCUUAUAUGCUGUUGGAGGGCUGGAUGGAACGCUUGGAUUGACAUCUAUUGAAAAAUAUGACUUACGAGCAAACAAAUGGUCAAAUGUAGGUCACAUGAACUGUCGGCGAUUGCAGUUUGGUGUGGCGGUGAUUGAUGGAAGGCUGUAUGUUGUUGGGGGUCGCGAUGGAUUAAAAACCUUAAACACAGCAGAAUGUUUCGACUUUAGAGCAAGAACAUGGAAUGUGCUUCCUCCUAUGGCCACACAUCGUCAUGGUUUAGGUGUUGCUGUUCUAGAAGGACCACUGUAUGCUGUAGGUGGUCACGAUGGCUGGAGCUACCUAAAUACGGUGGAAAGAUGGGAUCCACAAGCUCGGCAGUGGAGUUUUGUAGCCUCGAUGUUCACUCAGCGGUCCACUGUUGGGGUAGCAGUAUUAAAUUCUAAAUUGUAUGCUGUUGGAGGUCGUGAUGGCAGUUCAUGCCUAAGAAGUGUGGAGUGCUAUGAUCCACACACAAACAAGUGGACAGCUUGUGCACCAAUGGCAAAACGCAGAGGUGGUGUCGGAGUUGGUGUUGCCAAUGGUUACUUGUAUGCCCUAGGGGGACAUGAUGCCCCCAUAUCCAAUCCAAGUGCAUCCCGCUUCAGCUGUGUAGAGCGCUAUGACCCUAAGAGUGAUACAUGGACUACAGUAGCCUGUAUGAGCCAUGGAAGAGAUGCGAUUGGUGUUGGCUUAUUGGGAGACAGGCUGUUUGCAGUGGGAGGUUAUAAUGGCCACCAUUAUUUGAAACUUGUUGAGGCAUAUGAUCCUGAGAAAAAUGAAUGGGAGGAGGUAGCACCACUAACUACAGGGCGUGCAAGGCUCUGUGUUGUUGUUGUUAAAAACCCUUGACAUCCAUAUGUGUAGAGGUGCUCCAGAUAAGAAAUCUGUAUUUAAUUUGUGAUAUAUUUUGUAAGGAAAGACUUUGCAAAUAAUUUUUUUACAGUGAAGUGUCUUAUGUGGUACAACUGAUGAGCAUUUUUAUGCAGCUUACGACAUUACUCUGUGCUACUCCUUCUGAUCUCACUUGUUUUCAUUGUGUAUAGUAUUAAUUUCUUGUUUUAAGUGUGAAUCUCAUAGACAAUAGGUUUUCUACCUUUUUUACAAAACUGUUUUAGUGUUGAGGUUACGUGAAUGUAUGUUUAUUGUAUUUUCAUACCAUUUUCAUUUAUGGAUAUGUAACUGGCAGUGUAAAAGCAAUGCAAAAGAACUCUAAGUAGUCACCAGGAAGGUCUCUAAGACUGUCUCAAACAAGCCAAAGCAACAGGGGGCGUUUUUGCCGACCGAACAUAUGUUUAGUGUGUUAAAAAAAUAUCCAAAAUUUUGAUUUUUAACCCACUACUGAAAUGACUAUAAGCUCAAUAAUGCAGGUGCUAAGAAAAAAGUCAUUUACAAAUGUUUUCAUUAUAUGAAAAUGCUGUAACACAAACACCACCAGUAACCUUAUGGAGACUUUUAACACAACCAUAAAGAACACAUUUUUACUGAAGUAACUGCGUAUUUAUGUAUCAAGAAAUGUGAUGUAAUUUAUAUUUAUACUAUUUUUAUAUAUUUAUAAUUACAAUGUUCUGUGAUGUGGUUUAAUUAUGUGAACAUU